AUGUCCAGUCCCCUGGAGCAGGCACUGGCUGUGAUGGUCACCACUUUCCACAAGUACUCAGGCCAAGAGGGUGACAAGUUCAAGCUGAGUAAGGCGGAGAUGAAGGCACUUCUGCACCAGGAGCUGCCCAGCUUUGUUGGGGAGAAGGUGGAUGAGGAGGGCUUGAAGAAGCUGAUGGGAGACCUGGAUGAGAACAGUGACCAGCAGGUGGACUUCCAGGAGUAUGCUGUUUUUCUGGCCCUGGUCACUAUCAUGUGCAAUGACUUCUUCCAGGACUCCCCAGACCGGCCCUGA